AGCAAGGAGCCCAUUGAUAAAGAGUGAAGGAGGUUCCCACUGUUGCUCCACUUGCUCGUGGGCUGUCUGCACUCUCAGGUGGAAUUUGUUGCUCUCUUCAGGAGAAUGUACUGCAGGAGUGUGUGCUGUAACCACUGGUCAUCUGAGGAGAGGCUGGAGGGGAAAACAGUCAUCAUCACAGGAGCCAACACCGGCAUUGGCAAAGAGACCGCAAGGGACCUGGCUAGGAGAGGUGCACGCAUCAUCAUGGCGUGCAGGGACCUGGAGAGGGCGGAGGAGGCCAGAGCCGAGAUUUUGGAAGACACGGGAAACGAGAAUGUGGUCAUCAGGAAACUGGAUCUGUCUGACACGAGGUCCAUCAGGGCCUUCGCUGAGCUCAUCAACAGAGAGGAGAAACAGGUUAAUAUCCUGAUAAACAAUGCUGGCAUAAUGAUGUGUCCUUACUCCAAGACGGUUGAUGGGUUUGAAAUGCAGUUAGGAGUCAACCAUCUGGGUCACUUCCUGUUGAUCUACCUGCUGCUGGACCUCAUCAAGCGUUCGUCUCCGGCCCGCAUCAUCAUCGUGGCGUCGGUGGCCCACACCUGGACCGGUCUGCAUCUGGACGACAUCAACAGCGAGAAGAGCUACGACACGAUGAAGGCCUACGGGCAGAGCAAGCUGGCCAACGUCCUCACUGCACGCUCACUGGCCCAGCGGUUACAAGGCACAGGGGUGAGUGUGUUCUCCCUGCACCCUGGGGUGGUGCAGUCGGACCUGUGGCGGCACCAGCACCAGUGCAUCCAGGUGGCGGUGAAGAUCUUCAGGAUUUUCACCAAGACGACAGUGGAGGGCGCUCAGACCACCAUCUACUGUGCUGUGGAGCCGGGCCUGGAGAGCCAGAGUGGAGGAUACUUCAGUGACUGUGCCCCAGCGAGGUGCUCCAGGACGGCCUCAGACGACGAGCUGGCCCAGAAGCUGUGGGAGAUCAGCUGCAGCAUGCUGGGCAUCAGCUGGGAGUGAACCCUGACUGCGCAGGACCGGAGAAGAUCGUGGUUGUUUGCUGUCUUAUUUUUGCAAAGAGCGUCUAGAAGUCCUAAAAAGUGUUUUUAAAUCUUAAAUUAUUCUGAUGAUUAUUACUAGCAGUAGUAGUGGUAGCAGCAGCACCAUUACCAUUAUUGUUAUUAUUGUUAUCGUUAUUAUUGUUGUUGUUGUUGGGGGCUGGAAGAAGAAAGAGGAAAUACAUGCAAACUACAUCUAUUUUUUUGGUCUGCAAACCUGGAUUGGUGUCAUGUGAUGCAGAAACUGUAAAACUUUUCUAAAUGCCGUUGCCACGUUAGCCACCUUGGUUUUCUGCCAUUAGAAGAAUUUCCUGCAUAAAUUUUGAAAAAAAAGCAGACAAAAUUCUUCUCUAUCACACACAUGCUUGCCAUGUGUCACUGAGUCCAUAACAAAAAAAAAAAAAAAACUGGCAGCAAACAGGGGUGGCUGUGACACCAGAGAAUGGCUUCAGUUUAACUGUUAAGAAGUUUGUUGUGAGAGCCGAAAUUUCAGCAAAACUCUGUACACAGUUUCCUUUCAAGAGCUCCUCAGUUCUCAGUUAAUGAGAGGCUGUAACUCCAAACCACACGGUCGCAUGAAUGUAAAUGUGAAAACCUGUUUCUCAGACCUUUCGAUGUGCUGAUUCCCAGCCUUUUCAGAGGAUGUGCACCACACUGAGAUGGAUAGCUGUGCCUUUGAGACAAACUAUGUCAGCUCUCUUGAUAUUUUUUUCUACUAUUAGAAAUGUGGAAUGGUCAUAAGCUGGUUGUUCAGUGUUGAUGAAAAAUUCCCAAAUAACAGGAAUGUCACAUGCUGACCAACAUGACUGUCGUGCAUGAUAACUACAUGUAACACCCUGUGUAACAACCUGACCCACUGACACAAAACUUGGUUCACUAAGUUGCCUUUACACUGACUCUAUGUGCUAUAUAUCUGAUGAAGUUAUCUUUUAUGUCAUUGUCAAACUAUCAUUGUUCCUCAUGCGUUUAAUCUCUGAUCAAGCUAUAUUUAUUUUUAUAGUUCUCACUACUUUUAAUGUUGAUAUUUACUCAUUUGCAUGUGUCUGUUGGAUAGAGUUGCUAAGAUUUGCUCUCAUUGACUCUGUUUUGUAGUACUUGGUCUGAAUGCAGCCUCAGAGGCCGACACCGUGGAUGUAUUCCCAGGAAAGAAAUGCCUCUCUGUGGUGUGGACUUUUUAAGGUGAUUCUUGUUAAAUCGUAUUGAUGAAUGUAUAUAAAGAGGCUGGUAGAAAGCCUGUAAUGCUGGGAAUAUGUUAUUGUGCCACAUCUACUGUGUCUUCAAUUUGUACAUAUACAUUUAUAUAAAAAUUAAACCCGCCUGACUGUUCAA